AGCUUGGUGUGUGUCCGUGCGCACGAAGCUGCUGUUAUGCAGGACUCGCGAAGUGCCGCUCUGAAACGUAUGCCUGCACUCACAUCGAUGCGUCUUGCACUUUGACUUUCCGAAGCUCUCGUCUCUUCUGCACGCGUGUCUGCGUAUGUGCGCGUGCUUCUCGGGCCACCGCGGCGGACUGGAAGACGAUGCGAAGAUGCGCCACUGUGAUUCACUGCCUCUAAGGUCACAGGGAAGCCAUUCGGCGAGGCAAGCUAGCGGUUACGGCGAACAUGUCAUUCUUUUGGACAUGGCCACUUGCCACUAAUGCCACGUUCUUUUGAGGACGCCGCACGGCGUGCCCGCCAGCAACACUGCGUGCUCGGAGCCAAGAACAUUGAAACGCCAAACAGUGCUGCGGAUUGUGGGGAAAACGUAGUUGACAGUGUGCAUCGGUGCUUGGAUUAUGGGAUGUUUUGCUUGUUACUAUAUCUCUAUUGUGCGUGUCUAGUUGUUAUUAGCAGCAAAUGUAGGGAGAAAAGGAAAUGAACUGUAGUCUAGAAUAUAGUGGCCUUGGACAUUUACUCAACUGCAGAUGGGAGGAGAUGUCUGUUAGGAAGUGUAUUUUUGGAACACAAGAAAUCCUCAUUGCUCACGAAGGAAAGAUAAAUAUCUGCAAUACAUGUAUAAAAAGUAUCAAAACAAUUAAAUGCGUAUUUUUAGUUCGACCCCUGCUGUUUCGACGCAUUUAAACACACUAAAACACCCUUAAACUAAAGAAAGCGCACUCCCAAAAAGACAUUGUAUUUGAACAUAAAGAAAAUUGCAAGACUAAAAUGUAUAUAAAAUACUGCGCAUAUUAUAGUGUCGGCGUACACGGAUGUCUUUAAGAUGCGGCCUGGCCGGGUGCCGCGUGAGUUUCGGAGUGAGAGCUGUGGCUGACAGCUGACAGGGCAGCAUUUCCAUCGGGGGUGCCAAUAAGGCUAGGACCGUUCAGAAGCAAAACAAGAGCAAUUUGGACUAAGCUGACCUUGUCAUGUAGCAGAAAAGGAAAGCGCGUCUUAGCGAGUGAGGUGAGGAAUCGGAACACAUUUCUCCUGCCUUGCCGCCCAUUGUGGAAAGUAAAGUGGAAAGUACAAUGCAGGCGAACGACAUCUCAAUUGGUACUUUCGCUAGAUGCCGCGGGCCGCUAAAAUACGAACGCCGGGCCGUAAAUGGCUCCCAGGCCGUAGUUUUGGACAAGCCUGGCCUGAGAGGUUCAUGAUGCAGGCUGCGUAAAAAAAACACGCAUCCCUUAAUGGCUGAGUUGAAGUCACGUCCAAUUGUACGAAGUCAAGAUGCUUUUUUUGUUUUUUUCACCUCUGACAAUCACAACAGUCCACUGAGGGGCGGAAAAAAAUAAAAAAUAAAAACAUGCAUAAAUAACCUUCACUCCUCACCAACAGUGCAACUCGAAGAGCACUUCUAUUCGAGCGAUAACUUCUUAAUCAGCCUCGACUAGCGAAAUACACCCGAGCUACCCGGAGGGGAAACGUCCGUCCGCCCGCGCUGGAGUUUGCCUGCAGUCGACGAAAUGAAAGCGUGCGGCUCCAGGCGGGAGCCGCCUCGGCGGAGGUAAGCCUCCGUGGCCGACGCGAUUGCCGGAGUCUUGACGACGACGACUUCCUGUGUUCAGCCCGCGAUGCCAUAAAGCGGUUAAGCACUGGAUAAUGCAAGCGCGGUCACCCUCGCGGUUCGCAGCACGUCGAAAAAAAAACAACAAAAAAUGAUGUCAUUGGUUUUUAAUUUAAUAAAAGAGCAUCAUUAAAUAGAAAAAUAUCCUUCCGUCUUUAUUCCGACAUUUAGCAAAGAGAAAUUUAAAACAGGAAAAGUUGAGUCUAAUUUCAUGUCGGACAGUGAGAAACAAAAGCGUAUGUCUCUUUUUAUAUUGUGGAUGCAAACUACCGGUUCCAACUGGAGAUGCGAUGUUAGCAUUAAGCGAUGUUAGCAUUAAGCUUGUGAACUUAUUUGGUUGUUAAAUACACGUGUGUUUGUUUGAUGUUCAGUUUGACAGUAAACGUCACCUCUUUUUUAAAAAUUUGAAUUGUUGGCUAUCUGACUGAAUCAUCGCAUUUGAGCAACUUCUAGUCGAGACUGCCCAAUAUUUUUCAGGGCAAAUAUCCCGCUUCCCUCCACCAUGCCGCCAAAGAGACUGCCGCUAACAUGAGGACCACUGUGGGCAUUGUUAUUAGUCGCUUUUUUUGAGAAGUAGUCACCAGAGGGGUCGGAAAAGUCGGCAACUUUGGUGAGAAUCUGGAUAAAAGUCGAUUUUCCAUGAACCAGGAAGUAGCCUGGUAGUAACCAACAAUCAGGUAAUCAAGCACUGGCUUGCGCCCACCAUAGGGCCGCAUUUAGUAACUAACAAUCAAUCAUAGUUGUAUAGUCCGUGUGCGUUUGUUAACGGUUGCGUCCCAUUUCAGUUUUAUUCUCAGUUGUCCACAACCGCUGCCCUGCUUGUCCGACGACUCGGUCUUUUCCAGAAGGCUCCGUGCUCCUUGUGAACGUAAACACAACGCGAUGGCGCUAAACUAAGCUAUUGGAAAGAUCCCAACAUCCCAGCUUGGACACAAACAACAGCGAGAGGCUGAAGGGCUCUGCUGCGUGGGAAACGAGGAGGAGGAGGAGGAGGAGGAGGAAGAGGAUGUGGAUUAUGAGCAUGCCGAUUAUUAUUAUUAUGGUGCAAUCUAUUCGAGCGAUAACUCCUUAAUCAGCCUCGACUAGCGAAAUACACCCGAGCUCCCCGGAGGGGAAACGUCCGUCCGCCCGCGCUUGGAGUUUGCCUGCCGUCGACGAAAUGAAAGCGUGACCGACAAGCACACAAUGAUUCAGAUAAGCGCACACACUCGCUCAGGGAAGCGACAAAGACUCGGGGGAGCGACCCGAAACACCGGCCGAAGUCCUGACUGACCGGCCCGAGAUGAAUCAGGAAUUGUGUGCAUCUUCCGAGACCCAAAGGACAUUGCGUUCUGUGACAAUCCGUCACGAUCACGACAAACACUUUCUGCCGCGUACCGCGACAAAUACUCUUUCUACCAUGCAAAUGCAUACAGAUAUCGAGUGGCAGGUGCCUAGACCUGUCCGACUUCCAACGCGUUGGCGUUUUUCUCCCUAAUCAUCGACCUGACAAGCUGAGAUUCAACCACUGAUCUUUAUCUUCUCCUCAAAAGCUGUGCUGAGCUCAAAUCCAAAGUGACGCAACUACAAACCUGAAACAGGCUCCACAUAAUGUACUGUAUUUUGGUUUUAUUGAACCACAAACAACAUGGCGUGAUUGUCAAUAAAGGAGCGGAUUAUCCUGGCCGCUGCAGCUACAUUAUAAUGACACAAAGAGAGGAAAUGGCCGAGAAUAAAGGCGAGAGAGCGGAUAUUCGAGAGGCUGUUGGCAGUGAUAGGACCACUCAUUGACUGUGCUUGUGCACUUUGGUGACAGAGACUCUCCACGUUUCGCUUUUUAGCCUCAGGUGACGGCGGAAGGAUGCCGCUGGUGAAGCGCACCAUCGAGCCCCGGCACCUGUGCCACACGGCGCUGCCCAGGAACAUCAAGAACGAGCUGGAAUGUGUGACCAACAUCUCCUUGGCCAGUGUCAUCCGACAGCUCAGCAGCCUCAGCAAAUAUGCCGAAGACCUGUUCGGGGAGCUGUUCGACGAGGCCCACUCCUUCUCCUUCCGGGUCAACUCCCUGCAGGAGCGCGUGGACCGCCUCUCCGUCAGCGUCACGCAGCUGGACCCCAAAGAGGAAGAAUUGUCACUGCAGGACAUCACCAUGAGGAAGGCUUUCAGGAGUUCCACCAUCCAGGACCAGCAGCUGUUCGACCGAGACUCGCUGCCUAUCCCGAUGCAGGAGACCUACCAGGACUGCGAGCAGCCGCCGCCUCUCAACAUCCUCACGCCCUACAGGGAUGACGGAAAGGAGGGUCUCAAAUUCUACACAAAUCCUUCUUACUUUUUUGACCUGUGGCGAGAGAAGAUGCUGCAGGACACCGAAGACAAGCGGAAGGAGAGGCGGAAACAGAAGUCGCAGGAACCCCGCAUGUAUGAUCAGGUCUAUAGGUACUUAGACCUUCCCGGGCAGCUGAAGGGGAUAGAUCGGCCGGCGGAGGCCGACAAGGCGCCGCGGGCGCCCCACGACCGCAAGAAGGAGUGGCAGAAGUUGGCACUGGGCGCCGAAUUGGCGCAGGACAUGACCGACGAAAAACACCGAGAGGCCAACGGCUCCGCCGGUUACCCUGACAACAGGGCUCAGCUGUACACGGAGCACUUGGACGGGCCCUUCUCGCUGGCGGCGCUGCCCUACAGCCAGAUGAACGAGCUGCUGAGCCGCAGCGGCGACAGAAUGUACUCGCGGCCCAACGACCCGCCGCCGCCUCCGCCCGCCGUGCACCUGCUGGGGGAGAUCAAGCCGCCCUCGGUGAUCAGUUCCAGUUCCGGCUUUACAGACAGCAGACCUCAGUCUCCAGCGCGGACGGCAGGCCUAAACUCCAGCACUCAUCCUCCUCCGCCGCCGCCCCCUCUUCCUCCUCCUCCUCCGCCUCUCCCGUCCUCCGGCUUACGCGGCACGCCUCCGCCUCCCGUUCCCCCGCUACCGAUGCAUCAGCAACCCCCGGCGAUCCCCCCUCCCCCGGCCCCUCUCCAGAUCGCCCCGGGGGUGCUCCACCCGGCUCCUCCGCCGGUGGCGCCGCCCCUCCACUCUUCCUCCCCGGCCCGCCUCCAGCAGGUCCCGGACAAGGGCCCCCACGCGAGCUACUCGGCCCAGCCGGACGGCGCCGCCCUGCCUCCUCCGCCGGUGCCCCCUCCUCUGCCGCUCCCCGGAGCGCGGGGCUCCUCGCCCUGUCCGUCGGGACCGGCGCCCGUGUCGACCUUCCCUCCGGCGGGGACCGUGGCCACCGCGCACGAUUUGGGAAUCAAGAGGCACCAUCCCGCCAAUCUGCCGCCCAUCAGCGACGCCCGCAGUGUCCUGUUGGAGGCCAUCCGAAAGGGCAUCCAGCUACGAAAGGUGGAGGAGCAGCGAGAGCAGGAGGCCAAACACGAGCACGUGGGUAACGACGUGGCCACCAUCCUGUCCCGCCGCAUCGCCGUCGAGUACUCGGACUCGGAGGACGAGUCCGAGUUCGACGAAGGCGACUGGAUGGAGUGACGGAAGGAAGAGAAAGCAGCCAGCAGACACUUCUUUGUCGUCCCGCUCACUUUUUUUUCCUUUUGUCUUGUCGUCGUUUCGGAAGGAGAGCCUCCAAUCUUCUUCGUGUCCCUCGUUGUCGUCUUUCUAGUGGUCCAAGAUGUCGUUCUGUUCUGUUUCUGCACUACCACACACAAUUGUGUGAUGCAUUUUUUUUUUUUUAAGAACUACAUGCUUUUUGUCUCUUUCCUGACAUUGUUAAAACAGGGGCGGGCAACCUAUCGUAGGGCCGUGGACCGUUUAAGCUGGAGCAUUUUAUCCAGCUUUUGAUGCAAUUCUCAGUUUGGGUCCUUGAGACUUUUUUUGUGCAUCCUGUUAUGAUGGACAUGUCCACCCAAUUUUGUGUUGAUCGGUGAAACUAGCAUCGGGCAGAUUUUUUUCUUUUUUCUUUCCAGGAGUGAGAAGUUCAGACAUUUUCCCACCAGAAAGCAGGCAAUUCAUUCCUCAGCAGAAUAAAUAUGUGACGAUUCCAAUAAGACCAAACAAAUUAUUUUCAAAAUGACACCUCAGAGGAACGUUUAGAAAAAAGGUCCAAAAAGAUUUCAAAAUGUUCCCCACCCCUGGUUUAAUAUCAAAAAACAAACUCGAAGAGCAACACAUGAAGGCAUGUUGCAUUUCGCACAUUUUCUUUGGUUUUUCUUCGCCUGGGAACAAUUUGUGUGUUGUUGUGGUGUGCAUCCACCCACUGACCUUUAACUGCAGGGACCCCAAAGAUGGAGCGGGGGGUUCCUGAGUCCAUCUUUUAUCUCAACAAGUAUGGAGGCUUGUCAUGACUGGAUGUCCCUGUUCAUAUCAAGUGUGCAGAGUUUAUGAGUGCAGGCGCACCAGGUACAACACCAAUGAAGGCAGCUUACACACACACAGAUCCCCCUUUACUGUGUAACGAGAGGCCUUACCUCGUUUGCUUCUGCAGAAGACAUUUUGUGUCACUCAAAAGACAGAAAAAAGAAAACGUCAGCCAUGGUUCCUGUCCGUCCGUUUGUUCUUUCUUUCUUCGACUUGCCUUAUUGUCCAAACGUGUUGUUGAGUUGAUGAAUGUAUUGUGCCGUUACUACUUACUUGCCUGCGCUUGUAUGGAUUUGCUAUUUCUGUGUUUGGGGGAGGAAGGGAAAGCCUGGUUUGGAAGAGACAGAAAAAAAAAAAGACAAGAUCAAUAUCAUAUAACUUAUGUAACUGUUAGUUUGCUUGAAUUAAUAAAACUCUAAUGUUACAUCAGAAAA